AUGGUCAAGAAGGUUGUCUUUCUUCCACCCAUAACUAAAUAUUUUAUUUCUGUGCAAAAACUUCUCUCUUUCUUUCUUUCGUUUUUUCUUUCUAUCAUUCUUUCUUUUUUCUUUCUUUCUUUCUUUCUUUUCUUCUUUCGUUUCUUUCUUUCUUUCGUUUCCUCUUUUUUUUCUUCUUUCAUUCGUUUCGUUUCUUUCAUUUCUUCAUCAGCGUUAUACAACUUUUCAUUCACUUUGACACCACAAUCAUCAUUUCUCUUCUUCUUCUUCUUCUUCUUCUUCUUUCAUUUUACUUUUUGUUGUUCUCACACUUUUAAAAAAACAAACACUCUUUAUUCUCCCUUUUUUUUUUUACUCGUCCAUUUUUCUUGUUGUCCAUCUUCACAACUUUUUGGUUUCUUCAUUCACUUCACACACCGCUGCAUUUCUCCACAUCAUUUCCGAGUUCCUUUUGGCUUUCUACUCUACUUCUUAUCCCAUCAUUUUCUUCCGCUUUAA